AUGCCAGGCCCAGUACUGAAGAAACCGUCGAAACGACUUGUCGUCUUCUGCGAUGGAACCUGGGUAGGUCGCGAGACCGCUGUGGAUGGUGCGCCUCGAAGCAACAUCCGAAUGCUAGCAGAUAUGGUUGGCGAUGUCCAAUUCAGUGACCUAGACCCUCGCGAGCAGCCUGCCGCAGUGCAUUUGAUCAAACCUCGCUCUCCGAACGUCAUUGCCGGCUAUCAAGAGGGUGUCGGUCUUGGGGCGACAUUUCUUGAAUACAUAUGGAAUGGUGCGACUGCGUCUUCUAUCGGCGACGAGUGCGUGUCCGUCUAUCGAUUUAUUGUUGAGCACUUCACCGAUGACCACGAAAUUUGGCUGUUCGGAUUCAGCCGUGGCGCAUUCACUGUACGAUCCGUUGCAGGCAUGAUCAACAACUGCGGCAUCAUCCGCCGGCAAGAAGCAAAAUUGGACUCAGAGCAAGUCGACCGGCUAUGUUACGAAGUAUUUCGGAUGUAUCGUUCCACCUUGCCUAUUGAUGCCCCACAAAGCGAACAAAGUAAGAGGCGACGACACAACGCAGAAAAGGUAUGGCAAGUGAAGCAGCCCAUCCGCUGUAUGAGCGUUAUCGACACAGUCGGCUCCCUUGGGAUUCCUCGCCUCAAUGCUGGCAUUGGCAUCGACUGGGCACCCUUCGAGUUCUUUGAUCAGCAUGUUUCCACUGUUGUGCAACAUGUCCGCCAUGCUCCGGCUCUCCACGAUCGACUAUGGGCUUUCCAGCCUUGCCUCGCGUUCCCUAGCGAAAAGGCACCUAACACCAUCGUCGAGCAAGUGUGGUUUCCUGGUGUGCACUAUGAUCUCGGACGUCAGACAUUCCGUUUUGUGCGUCAACACCCGACAAACUACCUUGAAGAGGCACUUGGCUGGCUACCGAACCUGCUCAGUCGAACUAUAUUCCCGAACGAGGUGCUUGCAGAUAAUGUGCUGAAGUGGAUUCUGGAAGGUAUCCGAGAUAUCAAUGAAGGCAGCACCUUGAUCAUUCCCAAUGUGAAUGAUCAGAUCACAGAUAUCAGCGCGCGAAUCGCUAGUCCUCGGCCGAACAGUACAGGUAGUGGCGACAUCUACGGCGACAUCUUGAAGUAUGCCCCUGCGGGCACUGUUAUCAGUACUGUCCAGAAGGUCUCUCACUUCGGAAUCUCGUUGGCGAACAAGGUCCUGCCAAAGUUAGGCGACAACAUUCAGGAUCUGCUAGGCAUUCGCACUAUUAUGGGCGUUAUCACAGCGACAGCAGAUCGCAGGAUUCCAGGCACUGCAGCUGACGUGAAUGGGUACAAGAACGCGAUUACUACCAGAUCGGGUCAGUUGUUUAGCAUCGAAGAGAACGCGCAGAUGCAAGUGAGGAAUGAGACGGGAGAGGUGCGAUAUCCCAGUCAGACUCUAGAAACGCACCAACUCUGGAAGGAAGUGUUUGGUGACGAUGAGUGA